UACUUUUCUAUAUAUCCCUCUCUUUUCCUCUUUCGCUCUCUCAAUCUCUCCAUCUUCUCCUUUUCUCUCUCUCGAUUUAUUACAGAUCCUUAAUUGCUUCUUCUUUUUUUUCUCUCUCUCUCUUUGGUAUCUUUGUGUCUUGCUUUGUAGGAAUUAAGGAAAGGAAUCAUGAGUCCCACAAAGUUUCAUGAUGAGCAACAGCCGAGGAAGGAGAUCAAUGGUCCACGUCCAUCUCCAUUGAAGAUCAACAAGGAUUCUCAUUCCAUUAACAAACCAUCAUCCACUUUAUCCUUCUCUAAGCCACCUGCGGCGAAGCAUCAGCAGCGACAUCCCGUAAUCAUAUACACACAUUCACCCAAGAUCAUCCACACGCAAGCUCGUGAUUUUAUGGCCUUGGUGCAGAAGCUCACGGGUCUGUCUUCGUCCUCCGAUAGUGUUCAGAAUAAUGCACCAGCCCAACCGCAGGAGGCUGUCAAGGCUUCCUCAAGGGAUGAUAACGAGUCGUCUUCGGUUCUUACUGAUGACCAUUGCGGUGGUGCUGGUGAUGCUCAGAUAUCCCGAUCCGGCUUUCAGCUCCCCAAACAUGGCCAAUUCAAUCUCACCUUCUGUUUUUGAGUUCAUGAAAGGACUCCCAGAAUAUUGAGAUGAAGUGAUUUGUGUUUUCGGGAACUGAUUCCCCCAUUCACUUCUCUCCAUUUGAUUGACAAUUCAUUUCUUGUUCAUAGGUUGUUUUUCCUUUUCCAUUUUGUUGGUCAGUCUUCUCCUGUGUCCAAUGUUAAUUGAAGAGAUCAGUUGUUCAGAAUUAUUUGUGACUUACAAUAAUUUAAUUCAUUCUUUGGCCGUCCAUGAAAGAUUGAUCUCUCCGGAUCGGUAUGCCAUUUUUUUUUUUUAAUUCUCUGUAAAGAGUGCAGUACCAUAUACGGCGGUUCUUCACUCUCUUUGUCUUUGCUAACAAUAUUUACAUAUUCUUUCA